CUCAGUUUCCAACGGGCAUAAUAGGAUUAGGCAACAAGAGGUUAGGCUUGAGAAGCAGGAUACCGUCUUGAGGUGGCUUUACAGAUUCUUUAUUCCCCUACUUUGCUUCUUCUCCCCCAUCACCUUCAUCACAGUUGUCCGAAGGAAGACAGGGCAGUGCAGGGCGUCUGGCGGGAAGAUGCCAGACUCCCAUUAUUUACAUCUAUGAGAGUCAAUGAAAAGAGCUGAGCAGCCUCAGUCCCCAGGGGCUGGCUGCCCUUCCGGAAGCCUGCAGGAGGACAGAGCCAUGCUGGCCCCUAAAUAGCUCCCGCUCCCCAUGUUCUUCAAACAAGCAUAUGCUUGGAAAACGACUGGUCUGAAAAUAGCCGUAUCAUACCAGCUGUAGACUGCUCCAGUCAGAGAGAGCAAGCCAGGUCCCAGUUGAUAAAGAGCUGCUUUCAGCUGGACUUGUCACCCCCAAACGCAUAGGAACGAUCUCGCUGCCUCUGAAUUAAAAUGAUUCUUCCCAGAACGGAGAAGAUGAUGAUGAAGAUAUUGAUCGUGUUUGUGCUUGGAAUGAACUACCCGUCUUGUGCAGGUUUCCCGGUGUAUGACUAUGACUCGUCCUCCUUGAGGGAAGCCCUCCGUGCGUCCGUGGCAAAAGUGAAUUCCCAGUCCCUGAGCCCGUAUCUGUUUCGGGCGUUCAGAAGCUCUGUAAAAAGAGUCAACGUUCUGGAUCAGGACAGCUUGAACAUGGACUUAGAGUUUGGCAUUCGGGAGACAACAUGCAGGAGAGAUUCUGGAGAAGACCCCACUACCUGUGACUUCCAAAGGGUCUACUACAUGCCCUCAGCUAUUUGCAGAAGCACGGUGCGGUUGUCUGCCGAGCAGGUGCAGGACGUGUGGGUUCGCUGCCGCUGGUCCUCCAGCUCUGAGUCUAACAGCAGCGAAGAGAUGUUUUUGGGGGACAUAUUGGGAUCCUCUAGAUGGAGAAACAACUAUCCACUUGAGAGCCUGAGAGGGAUCUUCCCUCCUGGGAAUCGAGGGGACCCGAACAAGUGGCGCAGACUUCAAGAAUAAAUGCUGGCUUUGAGUAAUGGCCUCAAGCAAAAUGCAUCAGAAAGAAUAGAAGUGCCAGUGAAGAAAGAUACUUUAUGAAUUGUGUGAUUUUUCUUUUGAUCGGUUCCAGUCCUUAAUAAAUGCUUUACUCUUCCUCUUU